UGUUUUCUUGAAUUUUUUUUUUGACAUAUAACCUGUCAUAUUAUUUGAUUUUUCAGGUUGAUAUAUGAGGAUCAAUGGCAGAUAACUUGCAAAAAAGGCCUUCGAAAGGCAUUUUGAAAAACUCUAGCAGUUUUGACAAGCAAGAUGGUCAUUCACACGCUAAGAAGGCGAAAGAAACUACUUUUGAUGAAAUGAAUAUAAUAGCUACUUUACAUCCACCUGACAAAGACUACGGUCAUAUGAAAAUUGAUGAACCAAAGACACCCUUCAACUUUAGUGAGGACGAAUUAGACAGAUUAGAUGCUAGUGAUUUAGCAGAAAAGCUCAAAUUGGCUGCUGACAAACCACCUAAGUUCAAACAACAAUCUUCAGAUGAUGAUUCGGAUGAAGAAGAUGCAGAUUUAACAGAGGAAGAAAAGCAAAAAAGAAAAGAAUUUCGUCAGAAGCGUAAAAAGCAUUACAAUGAAUUUUAUGCUGUUCAGCUCGCUAGAAAACUUCUUGAAGAAGAUGAAGAAGAAGACAAUGAAAGUUCAUCGAAAGCAACACAAAGCAUGUCUUCUAAACCUACAGCUAAGGGCAGAAGCCCAUCGCCUUCCUCACCAAAAAGUCACAGAAGAUCUUCCCCAGUAGGUAAUACACAUAAGCAAGGUAGUUCUAAGCAUACCUAAAUGUUGCUGAAAUAGGUUGAUGUAUAAAUACAAAUCUUUGAAGUUUUCAUGUCAGUUUUUUAUAACAUCGUUUUAUUUAGGUCAUAUUCAAUUUUAUUGUCUAUAGUUUUAUUUGAACUGUGUAUCUAAUAAUAAAUGAAUAACUUACCCUUCUCUCUAUUGCUCGAAAUUCUUUUAUCGCGCUAGUUUUUGUAGAGAUUGAGCAAUAGAAUUAAAAAACACCAUUGUAUAAAAAUAAUCUUUGAAAUUUUGUGAUAAAUAAUUCGUACUAAUAAUGUUGACGAGAAGGAUUAUCCAUUUCACAUUUGAAAGCUCUGUAUUAAUUUCAGAGUAAAUUAACAUUGACUAUUUCAAUCCUAUGGGAUUAAUACUUUGUGAAAAUAAAUAUAUAUAUAUAUAGUUGAAAAAAGACCAUGUACGAUAUGUAAAUUUAUUAUAUUUAUGAAAGGUAUCUUUAUUUUUAAUUACAAAAUUUUUGCUGCUGAUAUGAGCGUGUUUUUUUUUUCAAUAAAUUAGUUUCUUCAGUAUUAGCUCGCAGUAUAAUAUUGAAGAUUUUAAUUCAUCAAAAACAAAUGAUAGAGUUAUUUUUGUGUUAAGAGAUGAUAGAUAAUAUUUAUUGACUUACUCUCUUGAGAACCAUUCACUUAUGUUAAAAUUGAAAAUUCAUGCUUCGAAGCACUUAGUUUUCUGACAGGUUUUUUUUUUCUUCAAUAAAUGUUGCUAUUUAGUUAAUUUAUUUUGAAAUUGAGCACAAAUAACAUUGAACUUUUUGAACAUGGUAGAAAUCACUACCAUCGUAAAUAUGUAUUUUUUUGUUGAAUAAAGUUUUAUAAUUGCCAAA